AUGACACAUAUACGGCUGAUGUGGCUAAUAGCACUUAGUUUGGCUCAUUUGACUGUUAUUUUAGCCUACAACGAAAGCCAUAGCUAUGAAAGUGAUCUGCUGGUGCGGAAGGCACGCUGGCUGCCCCUCAUCUAUCCGCGUUCCCGCCCCGCCAGAUUCAAAUUUAUAGCUGGCUUUGGUAUACCAGUGGAUGAUCUCGACAUUGAGUCCAUUACAACUGGCUAUGUGUUCAAGGCCCACUAUUUGUUGCCCAAUAAGGCCAAGCACCUUCGCACAAAGGAGUUCCAGGACAUAACAGACCGAAUGCUCAUGGAUAAUGCGACAAUAUUUCAGCAUGUCAUGCAAAAAACUGAUCAAGAACUGGGCCUUGCCUCAAGAGAUGUGGAAGACACCGCACAGGAGCUAAACGGAUAUCGCUGGUCCAUUUACAAAAGUUUCGAGACGAUGGCUCUGCGCAUGCAUCUCAAUGGACGGCAGUGUAUUUUAAAGAGUAUCUGCGAGAGCUCAGCAGCUCCAUUUGAUGAACGCAACGGUCUGCUGGGGGAUCUGUUGCACAUAUUGCUGACUCCUUCCAGCUCAAAAGAUGCCCUGUCGGAGCAUACGGAUAACGAUUAUCUGCAGGCCGAACGCUUGGGACACGCGGGUGCCGAUUGUGAUAAGGUUUAUGUAAAGUGUCCAAAAUCACUCUUGGAGCAUUUCUCUGAUGUGCAUCAUUUGGGUAGUGAAUUUCUUAAGAUGUUGGGUUAA